AUGGACUCCACACCCACCGCCCCUCUGGCUGACCGGUCAACAAACACCCACCUCGCUGCUGCAAACCAGGACAAAGUCAACGAGCUUAAGUCCGCAUCGGGGAAUCUGAACUCGAUGGAGCACCAUCGGUCAGUCCUGCAGGGUAAACUGCAGAACGAGGAUAAAAAUCAAGCGAGCUAUGUUUCUCCAUCGGAUGAUAUCAUGAGUCCCUGCUCGAAGAAGCUGAGUGAUCUCAAGGGCAAGCGCUUCAAGAAUGCUGGAAAGCCUCAGUCGCUCUUCGCCAAGCUGGGCAAGAAGAACUUUGAGCAGAAUACGGCGGAACAUAAUAACAAGAGCCUUGGAGAUGACAGUACGGCCUAG